UCAAGCGGGACCUGUUGGGGGACUCCUCCCUAUUGGCCUCCACUGCUCCUCCUCCCCUGAAGCCUGAAGAGAGAGAAAGGGAAGAGGAGGAGGCGGCUUUCAGAGCGCAGUCGGGCCCCAGCGAAGAAGGAAGCCUGUGUUUGUUUGUCGGAGAGAGGAAGAAGCACAGUGACAUUUUCCUCACAGUAAUGCCAGGGAGAUCCCAAGAAGUAUUUGUGGUUACUCUGGAUUUCUUCAUCAACUGAAAGUGCUGCAAAGUCGGAUCUUACCAUUUUGGGAACGAUACUGCCUUCGGAGAAAGGUUUUUUUUCCUUCUCCUUUUGGGAUAUCACACCCAACAUCACAAUUUUUUCACAAAAUAUUAAUUUUAUGGAUUUUUUUCAAAAGGGGGACUUCAGAUAUGGCAUUUGUCGUUGAAUGGAAGUCUUGACCAAGCCAAUUGGCUGCAAUACUUAAAAUCACAUUUCCUUACUUUUUUCCUUGGCUCUGUGUGUGGAAACGAGAUUUUCAAAAUGGAUAAGUAUGAUGAUCUAGGUCUGGAGGCAAGUAAAUUUAUAGAAGAUCUCAACAUGUAUGAAGCUUCCAAAGAUGGGCUCUUCCGAGUGGACAAAGCAGUUGGGAACAACCCAGAGUUUGAAGAAACCCGGAGGGUGUUUGCUACAAAAAUGGCCAAAAUCCACCUCCAGAAACAACGAGAACAAGAGGAACUGCUCAAGGCAGCUUCUGGGGGUCCAAGCAAUGGGGCCACCUUUGGUACUCAGCAUCAGCCUCCAGGCCAUUCUGUUCCCAGAGGCCCUGGAGGAACAAAUAAACUGCACUCCGGUGAAAAUAUUGCAAAGCCUCCACUGGCUACAUCAUCAACAGUGUGCUCAAGCCAUCACCUCUCCUUCCCAAACCAGCCCCAAGGUUAUGCUGAAGGAGAGCGGGCAAAAUUGUACCCAGAAGGCAACAGAGGCAGCGGCGACUAUGGAUACAGUGAAGGCCUCAGUGGUCCAGAACUGUCCAGGGGACACGGUUAUCAAAAGUCAGGGCAAGUGAAUCUGUCUAGUUCGAAGACAUCUUUUCCCUCGCUUUCUCAUGAAGAGCCUAAUAAUGGUGAAAAUCAGACAGGUAGCCAAGGUUGGGGAAGAGAUGCUGGUAAGUUUUCUAACAUGAAGCCUGGCAUGAGUUCCCAUUUAUGGUCAAGCACCAACCAUGAGGAAUCAUUGCAGAAGCAUCCUGCAAAACCUCAAGCAGAUCUUCAUCCAUACCAGCAGUCACGCAACUCUUUCAGGUCUCCAGAGAGUGGGUAUGGAAGUCAGGAAAGUGGAGGUGAAGGUCCUGGCCUUGGUCAAAGUUAUGACCACAACCCAAGUAACCAGAGAUCAUCUUCCUUCUCCCACACUGUUGGUCCCUUGUCCUCCACAGUUGGGGUUGGUGAUGGAUUGCCUGCAGGAUAUUUACAGCAGAGGUCGUCCUCAUUCUCUGCUCCAUCAGGGCACCCUUCUCAGUCUGUCUCGAAUCGGUCUGAUAAUUUCCAUGCAAACUGUGGUACUGAGGUGUGGACUUCUAGUGUUUCAAAUAAAAGUCCUGGUGUCAAUCAGUCAAGAAGUAAGGAUAACAUUCAAGCUGGUUCACUUCCUACUCCACUACCUCCAAGUGUAGACUAUCAGCAAACCAACACUCAUCCAAAGCCUAGUGGUCAUUUUGUAGUUCAUGGUCAAAAUCAUAGGCUUAAUUCUGCUGUGUCUGGCAUGAAUCCGGAGCAAAAUUCUAUUAAUGUUAUAUCUCAUGGACCAAUGAUUUCCGAUGUUCCAAAAUCUCCUUUUAAAGAGGGCACUGGCACUCUUCAGCAUGACUCAGGUCACCAGGAAACCUCCACUUCUGCAAAAAUAAAACUACCCUGUCAGACACUCCUUCCACAGCAAGAACAGGGACCAUCCACUGCAGAAUUAAAAUUAGAAGCUCUUACCCAACGUCUGGAGCAGGAGAUGGAUGCUUGUCCAAAGGCUGACUACUUUGGAACCUGUGUGAAGUGCAACAAAGGAGUCUAUGGUGCAAACCAAGCUUGCCAGGCAAUGGGGAAUCUCUACCAUGAUGGAUGCUUUACCUGUGGAGCUUGCAGUCGAAAGCUAAGAGGAAAGGCUUUUUAUUUUGUGAAUGGAAAAGUAUUUUGUGAAGAAGAUUUCCUGUAUUCAGGUUUCCAGCAGUCAGCUGACAGAUGUUUCAUAUGUGGACAUUUAAUCAUGGACAUGAUUUUGCAGGCUCUAGGGAAGUCAUAUCAUCCUGGCUGCUUCCGUUGCGUCAUCUGCAAUGACUGCCUUGACGGAGUGCCAUUCACUGUAGACAACGACAACAAAAUCUACUGUGUCCGAGAUUACCACAAAGUUUUAGCUCCAAAAUGUGCAGCUUGCGGUCUUCCCAUUCUUCCAAGUGAGGGUUCUGAUGAAACUAUCCGUGUUGUAUCAAUGGACAAAGAUUAUCAUGUGGAGUGUUAUCGCUGUGAGGACUGUGGCAUGGAGCUCAAUGAUGAAGAUGGGCAUCGCUGUUUCCCCCUGGAUGAGCAUUUGCUGUGUCAUUGUUGCCACCUGAAGCACAUAGAGAAAAGCUCGUCUCCUGUAGCUUCAUACCGGCAUCAUUAUUAGUCCUCACUGCCCAGAUUCCUAGGAGGCUGCCAAAGUGACACAGCAAUUUCUCUUAGGUGCCUUUUUUUGCCUCAGCUGGAAAUUUUCAAUAAGAGGACAAUAGAAAAAAGUCUCAACUUGCCUCAUGCAUUGUGUGCAGCGGAAUUCUACACAAAGAUGUUUUGCAGUUUUAUCCAGAGCUAUUUGUGGUUUAUGUAUUUCUCCACCUGGUUUGAAAAAAAGGAUAAAGAAAGUAAAGAGGCACUAUGUCUUCUCCUGAAUCCUUUCAAAAGAACACUUCAAUAGGAAAUUAGGUCACAGCAAAGUACUUAUUAAAUUACUUCUUUUUAAAGAAUGUGUGUACUGAUAACAUAGUUAUAUGUCUUAAUAUAGUGGCCUUUACAUUUCUAGUCCACCUCACCAGCUACUCUAUUCAGUGAGUAAACUGUGUUUUGUUCUACAUAAAUCUACUGUGCCAACCCUGUUGCGGAAAUAUGGGUGUUCUUUUUAGUGGGCAUGAUUACUGAAACAACACUAUGUAACACAAUUUUUGUUCCUGGGUUAUAAAUGUCAUUUCCUAAUUGGUUCUGUUAUAAAAAUAUGGAAAUUGUUUAUUUAACUGCAAAAACUUUGUUUUUGCGGGACAUCCUGCAGCACAUUUUGCUAUAGUUUUUCAAUUAGUAUCUCAUAAGAGUCUCAUAAUGGCGCUCCAUGCAGUCAUGCUGGUCACAUGACCUAGGAGGUGUCUAUGGACAACACCGGCUCUUUGGCUUAGAAACGGAGAUGAGCAUCAACCCCCCAGAGUCAGACACAACUAGACUUAAUGUCAGGGGGAAACCUUUACCUAAGUCUCAACCAAUUCAACAUAGUUUGUGGCAGCCUCAAAAAUGAAGUUUCUGGAAUAUAACAACUUUCAAAGUACAUACUGUGCAAUUAAACAAGAAAUAACACUUUCAAACCAGAAAAUUUUUCAAAUUUUGUUACAUAGUGUAAUUAUACCCCCCCCCCUUUUUUUUUUUUUUACACUGUAGGGAAGUUUUCUUCUGAUGCCAUACCUUCUUUGUUCUGAAAGUAGCACUGAAAACCUAUGUCUAGAUAAGAUGCUGAUCUGCUUCUUCUUACCCUAGAAAUCCAGUCUUCUCUAUUUGGAAGGCAAUCACAUUUGGCCUCGAGUGAUAGCCUAUGAUGAGUAUAUAGGCAUCAGUGAUGAUGCAAAACAGCAGCCAGAAUAAUUUAGAAGUGUACAUUAAGAUGAUUUCUACAGUUUGAUACUCUUUCCUGAUUUUGCUAGUUUUGAGAGGUUGGAACAACUUGAAAUCACUGUGAGGCUGUUUUUAUGUAUAGCUUUGGGAUCUGUCCUGCAAUUACUGAGUGUGCAGACUGAAAAACAAUUCAUUUCUAGAACAGGAUUUUCUUUGAUGUAUGUCUAGGAAAAAAUACCUAUUACUGGGAAAGAUAACAACUGUGCCUUAUAAACUAUAAACUCUGCAAUUAAGCAUGUAUUUAAUAAAUGUGAUGUGGCCUAUAGAAUAUUUGUGUACUUUUGGUUACUAAUACUUGGGAUGAACUGAAACAGAUCAAUGUUAAUUUAAAAAUUCUUUGCCCCGGUGGUUUAUCAGCUGGUUUGUUUUAAAUGCAGCCAAAGCUACUUUGAAUGUUAAUAAAGUAAUUCUCUGUUUGUUCUGA